AUGUCAUCAGUAUUAAAUCAAUGUUUGAUGUCUACAGCAGCAUCAUCUAUGUUAUUACAACAAGUUGGAAAGACUGCUGUUGCUGCUGCAUCUGCAUCAUCGAUUAGCAGAUGUCCCUUUUUACACAACAAAGUAGAAUCAUCAUCAUCAUCAUCGUCACAAUCAUCAUACUUUAGCACUCAUAGUGCUACUGCUCAACAAACCGUUGAAAAGAAUUCUGUCCCAGAGACACAUCCAACUACACUGACUCCACAAAACGCAAAGGAUUUCUUUGACAAGUGUCCAUUUGCCGGUGUUGUAGAGGAAGGAAUCAAGCAAAACACUGAGAUGGGAUUGGAAGUAUUGUCUACUUUAAUGGCCUCUCCACAACAACAACAACAAGAGAGCAGAGACGACCUUUUGGUAAAGGAGAUGAUAGAGUCGACCGAGCUAAAGAGAAAGGAAAUGCUUUUACAACAACAACACGACGACCAAUACACCACUCCAACACCAUACGACAACAAGUUCCAAUCGGUUAUUGACGGACUCAAAACCGAAGGAAGAUACAGAGUGUUUACGACCAUCCAACGUCAAGUGGGUCAAUUCCCAUACGCUAAAAAGUUUAACAAUGUCGAUUACGAUCAUUAUCAACAUGAACAACAAGAGGAUCAAAAAGUCAACAAUGAAUACUCUAGACUUGGUGGAAUCAAUCUGCUAAAGACUGAGGAGUUGGAUGUCGAGUUGCAAGAAGAGAGUGCUACUCAAGGUGACGUGGCGGUAUGGUGCAGCAACGAUUACUUGGGUAUGGGACAACACCGCGUUGUUAUUGACGCCAUGACAGCAUCCAUUAGAAAGAUGGGUGCUGGAUCAGGUGGCACCCGUAACAUUAGUGGAACAACCUCUGAACACGUGCGUCUUGAGCACGAGCUCGCCGAUCUACACAAAAAGGACCGUGCACUCGUCUUUGGCAGCUGCUAUGUCGCCAACGUCAACACCAUCACCUCGUUGGCGUCGGCAUUGCCUGACAUGGUCAUUUUCAGUGAUGCCAAGAAUCACGCAUCGCUCAUUGAGGGUAUUCGUAACUCGCGUGUCGAGAAGCACGUGUUCCGUCACAACGAUGUUGCACAUCUCGAGCAGCUGUUGCAGUCAGUCGACGCUAACCGUCCCAAGCUCAUCAUUUUUGAGUCGGUCUACAGUAUGGACGGCACGGUCGCUCCCAUCGACGACAUUUGCACGGUUGCCAAGCGUCACAAUGCACUCACCUUUAUCGACGAAGUGCAUGCUGUCGGUCUCUAUGGUGACCACGGUGCCGGUGUGUGCGAGCGUGAUGGGUUAAUGGACCGCGUCGACAUUGUCUCUGGUACCCUCGGUAAAGCAUUUGGUGUCUAUGGUGGCUACAUUGCCUCGUCGGCCCGUCUCAUUGAUCUUGUGCGUUGUCUUUCGCCCGGGUUCAUCUUUACCACCUCUCUUCCACCCGCUAUUGUCGCAGGUGCCUGUGCAUCAGUAUCCUACCUCAAAAAGAGUAAGCGCGAAAGAGACAUGCACAAAUCACAAACCAACAGCCUCAAACAAGCUCUUCGUAAUGCCAAUCUCCCUCUCCUCGAGACUGCCUCGCACAUUGUCCCCCUCAUUGUCGGUGACAGUGCCCGAUGCAAGCAAAUGAGUGACUAUCUCAUGGCCAAGCAUCGCAUCUACGUCCAGCCAAUCAACUACCCAACCGUGCCAAAGGGUACCGAGAGAUUCCGUCUCACUCCCUCACCCGUUCACAACGAAACGGCCAUCAAGCACUUGGUCUCUAGCAUGGUUGACUGUUGGAAGAAAUUUGGACUAACCUUUACCGCCACCACCAACAACUAA